AUGAGCCCAAGUUCACCAAACGCGGACUCAGUUAGUACACUCAUAUUCUCUGGGGGCGAAAUUGAAGGCGACUACUCCUACGAAACCAAAAUAUGUGAAGGUGAGCACCUGGGAGAGCUCUGCAACUUGAAACACGAUCGGGAGACAGGAGACGCAUCUGACAAGAAGGUCAAUGUAUAUGUCCGACUUUUUGAAGACAUGCUCGGGACUUUGAUAGAGACCGAGGCACAUUUAUUUGACCUUCCAGAACUUGAUUACUUCCAGAGAUAUGACAGACUUUCGCCAAAUGCAAAGUUUCUUAUGACGAAGCUUCUUUUGCGAAAAUUCAAUGCAUGGCACCGUCUAGACUCCCUCAAAUAUGAAGCUGAAAUAGGUAGCAAGGAAGGGCUUAUUCAAGCUAUUAACGAGAUAUGCUUUGUACCAGGUCAAGUCAGAGUAAACACUAUAGAUGAAGAGGACGUCAAGAUGAGCGUAGAGGAGAGGGAAAUAAUAGACCUCACAGAUGCACCACGUUCCCUGCCUUCACGCAUUCUGCAACCUCAGGAAAUACUUGCACCGCACUUGUAUCAACCCACACCACUUACGCCCCUUAUCAUCAAGACUGAGGAAGUCCCAAUACCUUUAGAUGCAACACUCUCUGCUGCAAACGCUCUUGCUGGUCCCUCUUCUAUAAAACUCGAAGACCUCCCUAUGGUUGACACCAAACUUAUGAACCCCACCGAAACACUCACAGAGCCCGGAGUCAUUCUAGCAGAGGACGAGUCUCAAAUGGACCUUCCUACCCUCCUCGAGUGCCUCAGAGUCGACGAACUACGUUGCAUCGCAAAGCAGAUGCGUGUCAAAGCUAGUUCAAAAUCCGAAAUGAUACACGCUCUUUUAAGAGGUUCUUGCACGCAAUCGACACUAAUAUCAUCAUUCGCCCGUACUGCGACGACGUCCAAGGUCCGAUCAACAUCCAAAAUUCCUACAACUUUUACAUCAUCACCGGCCAUUUUUCGACAAACUACCCUCCCUUUUGCUCGCGAGACAGCCCAGAAACGACUGCGCGAUAUUAUUCUCGGUACACUUGGCAAGACUCAAUCCUCCCAAGCUCUUCUUUUGCCCUCCCUGCUCUCACGGUUUAAGAAGCGUUCCUAUGCAAACAUAGCCUCCACACGUACGAAGGACAUCUGGCCUACACGUGAUGCCCUUCUCGCUUACGAACAAGCGCUCGAGCAAGAAGAAGUUGUAGAUGCCAUGUUCGCCGGGAACUUUGCAGCAAUGGGAGCUGAGAGGGAAUUUAAGACACCAGCCGCGGAUGAGCUUCGAUUCAAGACACCAGUAACACCAAGUGCUGCACCUGGAGCACCACAGACACCAAUUUCUACGAAGACUGUGCAGACCCCUGUAUCAAUUACCUUUGCAACACCUGCUUCAAGUAGCAAGAGCAGGCCGCAAUCCAGAUCUGGUGUGUCUGGCAGCACUGAGAAAUCAGACUCUGUCCGCGUGCGUGGGGCGCGACUAGUGAAGGAGAUUUUCGAGGAGGUGUAUCCACACUGGCAGGCUCUAGUAAAGAUGAAGAAUGAAGGUGGUCUUGAGGGGAAAGAGAGAGGGUACGGAUUAGAGAGGUUUGAGAGUGGGCACGUCCUAACUCGCCUCGUUUGUAAAGGCGCGCAUGCGCUCGGCAUUCUAGGGGAACACGAAUAUGAACUCAGUGUUCUCGAGUCCCUGCUUGCGCAGAGGCGGUGGCGUCGUGGACGACGGGGGAGGUGGCACGAGCGCCGGGCGCUGAUCCUAGAGAAACAUGUAGUCAGAUAUGAUGACGCUCUUUCGGCAUGCCUCGAUGCUCUUAAAGAUGAUGAUACACAUAUUGUAUUUCGUCCCAAACUUGACCGCCGCUUGACAGCUCUUGAAAAAAAGCUCAAAGUUGAGCCUGCAGAUCGGCAUACGAGCGAAUGGAACCUCCAACCCCUUGUGUUAGUCUCCUUUGAAGGAGUGCGCGUGCGCCACCGUGCAGCGAGUUUAAAACUCGACCGUGCCGGGCGGAAUAUCAAUGACAGUGCCAAAUCAAAAGUUUCUAUCACUCAAGCAGGAGACAUUACUAAAUUUUUGUCACCAAAAAAGCCUGGCGUGACAAAAGUGGAUGCGACGCCUGUCUCGAUCAAAGCCGAGGCAAGGGAACGGAAAGAGGAGAAAGGAAAGUCUAUCUGGGUUGGACGAGAUAACCUAGAAGUGAAUGUCGAGACACUCGCACUUCAAUGGUACGAAGACCAAGGGUUCAAAGGCAUACACUCAGAAACCAGAAUCAUCACUACCCUCUUUGGUAUCCUCUUCUGGGAUAUCAUCUUCCUCCCCAUCCCCGGUGCCUUCGAGACCCCUUUCCAGACUGCACCGUUGGAUAUCGCAGAAGACGCAUUCUAUCAUGCUCGACGAGAUCCCAUCGAAACAAGGCUCAAGGAACUCGAGGAUGGACGAGGAGAGGAAAUUGUGAACCGAGUAGAAGCAGAGCAUAGAGCACGCAAGACGUGGUGCGUAGGUGUAGAUUGGGAACUGGUAUUGGAAGGGGAGAUUGUAAAGAUAGUUCGUUGUCUUGGCGGAACAGCGUUGUCUGUGAUAUGUCAUAUUUUUUGUGAAGAUUAUGCUGGGCGCUGCUCCGGCGGUCCAGAUCUCUUUAUGUGGAAUGAGGAUACAGGAAAAUGCAAGUUCGUCGAGGUUAAGGGUCCAGGUGAUAGUCUGCAGGAAAAUCAAAAGCUCUGGAUCGACGUCCUUCUCCGAGCCGGAACAGCUGUGGAGUUGUGUUCAGUUCACGAGCAUGGUAAAGGGGAUGAAAACAAGACGGGGAAGAAGGGAAAGUCAAAGGGAAGCACGAAGAAGCGGCGAGGCAAAGCCAAGGAUAUGGUUGAAUCCGACGACGACGACGAAGAUGAGGUGCAGCGCAUGUGCGAAUCUGAGGAUGAUGCUGAUGCUCUGCCCGUUGCACCAAUCCCCGUAUACAUGGACGACGACCAAGACGACGGAACUUCUUCUAAACACUCUACUCGCUUACGAUCCUCUGCACGCUCUCGAACGCCGAAUUGUAUGCCUGCAACUACCAUUAUCGAACUACCAACUCCUCCGCAUUUGUCCAAGAAACGCAAGCUCAUUGCCGAAGUCAUUAUUUCCACCCCUAGCCCCAGGAAAAAGAUCAAGUUCUUGCACAACAGCGACAGUCCUGAUGUUUGA